ACAAAAAGGGGGGGCUCCAGGUCAGGGAGAAUGUAUAAAUAUCCAUCGUCAUCGAGGUUCUGCUGUAUUUGAGAAGCUGAAGCAACUCCACGGACACAGUUCACAGGCUGAUUUGCUUCUCUGCUCCAAAUACGGAUUGAAUUGGGGACAUUUACUAGAACCCUCUGGCCGACAACUUUGAAGAGACACUGUGAAGGAGGCAGUGAAGAGAAUUUCUCCCAGCCCAUCCCUGUACUCUUCCAGCAUGUGCACUGGGAGCUGUGCCAAGUGCCUGGGGGGCACGCUGAUUCCCCUCUCUGUUUUUGGCUGUCUGGCUAACAUUCUGUUAUUUUUCCCUGGAGGAAAAGUGAUAGACGACAACAAAUACCUUUCAGAAGAGGUCUGGUUUUUCGGAGGAGUAUUAGGAAGCGGGGUCUUGAUGCUCUUCCCCGCACUGGUGUUCCUGGGCCUAAAGAACAAUGACUGCUGUGGGUGCUGUGGCAACGAGAGCUGUGGAAAAAGAUUUGCGAUGUUCACCUCCACAAUAUUUGCUGUGAUUGGAUUCUUGGGUGCUGGGUACUCAUUUAUCAUCUCAGCUGUCUCCAUCAACAAGGGUCCUAAAUGUAACCUGGGCAAUGCCACGUGGGACUAUCCCUUCCACAAUGGGGAUUACCUCGCUGACAAAUCCUUAUGGAAAAAGUGCAUGGAGCCUGAGAAUGUGAUUCCCUGGAAUUUGACCCUCUUCUCCAUCCUGCUGGUCAUAGCAGUGAUCCAGAUGAUUCUCUGCAUCAUCCAGGUGGUCAAUGGCCUCCUGGGGACCCUGUGUGGAGACUGCCAGUGUUGUGGCUGCUGUGGGGGAGAUGGACCAGUUUAAACCACUCCGAUGACCUUCUCUAACUCAAUGGCAUAUGGAAAGACACCUUAAACUUAACUUUUUCUCCUUGUAGUUGUCAGUUUCUAUCUGUGCCCAAACUGUCAAAGCUUAGGAAGGGCACAGUUAUUCCUUCUCCUUUCCAACCAGCUUAGCUCCACUUUGAGUUUUAUGUUAGUUUCAAAAAAAGAAAACAGGUUGUCCACUUAAGUUAGAUUUGUAAAUCUUUUAAAUUAGCUUCCUUUUAGGAUUGAAGAGCAGGUAAAAAGCUUGUUUUUCACAAUUUUUUCUUUAAGAAUGAAAAAUGGAUGUCACAUGUACCACCACACUGCUUUUUGUAUAAACAGGUGUUUAUGUCUCUGAAAGUUUUCUAUAAUUCAGAGGAAGGAAGAAUAUGAAAAGUCAGAAACUGAGACCAGUUUUUGUUGUCAAAAUUUAUGGGAAAAAAGUGACUGGUGUGUCAUAAAUAAUUUUUUAUUUUUUUCUAACAUGUUUGAAUUGAUUAUGACUACCCUUUGAGUAAGAAUUUCCUUAUAUAUAUUAAAUUAAAAUCAUGAUUCAGUGGUAAUAUAA